AUGGCUUACGCCAAUCGUUCUUCAGCUAUCACAGUGCUGCUUGGGGGAGGGAGUGCCGUGGAUGCAGUGUGCACGGCGACACAGGUGCUGGAAGACUCACCUCGCACGAAUGCUGGGUUUGGUUCAUCGCUGACUGCUGAUGGAAGAGUUGAGUGUGAUGCUAGUGUGAUGGAUGGACGCACCCUGCGGCACGGGGCAGUGGGUGCCGUGCCGGGGGUGAGGAACCCUGUGCUGCUGGCCAGACAGAUCCUGGAGGCCCAGUCUCAGCCUCUGCCAGGGGGCCUUGUGCCACCAAGUUUCUUGGCAGGCUCGGGAGCUCAGGUAUGGGCUGCUUCCAACAAUGUUGAGACUUGUGAGCCAGCUGAGUUAAUUGCUGAGAGGUCGCAAAGGAUCCACGAAGAGAGCCUGAGGAACAUCCAGAGAUUGGAAGAAGGAGGAGCCAAGAGGAGAAGGUACGCUUUGCCCGAAGAAGAGGAGGAAAUGCAGGGUGGUUUGCUAGACACUGUUGGUGCAGUGUGUGUGGACAGCUCGGGCUACAUAGCAAGUGCCGUUUCAAGCGGGGGCCUACUCCUGAAACACACAGGCAGGGUGGGCCAGGCCGCUGUCUAUGGCUGCGGAUGCUGGGCAGAGAAUAACUGCGAUGGCAGUGGUGUCAGCAUAGGAGUGAGCACAACCGGAUGCGGGGAACACCUCAUCCGCACCAUGUUUGCCAGACUCUGUGCCCGGGCAGCCAUCUCACCGCACCUCGGUUCCAACAUCAUCGAGACGGUCACCACGCACUUCCUGGAAUCGGACUUUUUGGAGGGCGUUCAUCCACGGAUGGCCGGAGCUCUGAUCCUCCGACACGACCCUCAGGGAGCAGUGAGUGACCUGUACUGGCUUCACACCACACGUACCAUGGGCGUCUGUUACAUGACCACCAACGACCGUAAACCACAGGCCCAGUUCUCAGAGCUCGCAGAAGAGAAGAUUGGCAUCUCAGUAAACCUCCAGUGCAAAUCAUUUGGAGCAGGUGUUCCCGUGACCACCUCCCAGGAGCUCCAGCCUGGCCCCUCACGUGUGGGCUUGGGGGGCCUCCUGUCAGGGGAAGAGGAGCACAGCAAGAGCGAGUCCAGUGACGACGACGAUGAACCAGGGUAACAGAGAGGAUAGAAGGGACAGAGAGAGGAAUGUCGGAAAAGGGAGAGAUGUUUCAUGACAAAAUGGAAAAGUUUUUUUUGUUUUCUCUCUCCAUUCUCUCUCCCAUUUGCUCUCUCUUUCUCUUAACCCUCAGUAAGAAAAAGAAAAGAAUAAAAAAGGAAAAAAAAAUAUAUGGAAGAACAAGCUGGAGGUGAGUUUACCAAGCAAUGAAGAAGAUUCACUGACAAUGUUGUAAGAGCUGUAUUGGAAUAUUGUAACGGGAAAGAUAUUUGCAGUUUUGGAAUACUUGAAGUGCGUUCAAAUCUAUAUUGGAACUGGCAUCAAAUGCUCAGAGAUUCCCAGGGUAAUGAUAUUUUACAAUGAUAUUGUAAUAUGCAGCUGUUUUUUCAGGGUAUGAUCCUUUAACAAUUGGAAAAUGUUCUCAAAGUGUGUUGUAGUUUUGUCAUUCUGGUUCAGUGUUCAUUGUAAACGCUUCUGCCUGGAACCACAUGUUUAUGGGAGGUGUUUUCAAGAUGAUUUUCCAUCUCUUCAGGGUAAAUGCGAGACAGUCUGGCAACUGCUGCAUUUCAAAAUCACUCUAGGAUUAAGGUUCUCUUAACUGUCACUGCCAAACGUGCACAGCCACAUACCAGUAUUUUCCCAGCAUUUCCAUAUUAACACAGUUCUUUCCAGAAAGUGCAUUACAAGCCUGUGGUAGCCGGGUGAGUAGGUUGUACCUCAAACCCAUUUCCUACACUUUGGAAGCCACAAAAUUUCUCCCCAAGAGAUCUUUUUUAUCCACGGGGGCCUUAACAGUUGUACGGAAUUGCUAUCGGUGCAAAAGCUCCCUAUUUUGGCAUGGCAGUUGGUGUUAAUAAUAGAAUUGCAUAUGUCCGUUAUGGUGCAUAUGCACGUCAUGCCUUAUUAGGAGCUGCAGAUAUACCUCAUAGAGAAUUUCCUGACGAGCUCACCUGCGCCUGGAGAGCGUACGACUCGUGAGAAGAUUGUGUAUGGGGGUAAGUUACUCUCCCAGCAACAGAAGAAGAAAAAAACCUUACUCAGGUACCACAGGUGUUAUGACUGCCACACAGGAACCAUACGCUACCUCAGUUGUGCCACCAACCAACAGUCCUUCACUGGCCUGCAGCGUGUCCCCCUAGAGACAUCAUGCAAGAGAGUCCUUAGCUCUCCUACAUGGCUCUUGUACUCUAGGUACUUGCAGCAAGGAAUGAUUAUGAUGAUACAGCAACAUGAUAUUUUGGAUAUAUAAUUUUUAAGGACAGUAAGCUUACUGUUUCUUAGCUCUAAGUAGGCAGCUAUAUGGGACCAUUUGUUGCAAGGUCACUGAAGGACUGA